AGUUGCUGGAUUUCAAUGAACGUAAAUAAAUAUCAUCUUACAAACUACAGUAAGAUAAUAACGAAAUACGCUAUAUUCCAAUAGUAAACAAACCAACAGGAGAAACUCCAAAUUCGGAAAAGGACAUUUUUUCAGUUUAUAAGUUAUCUAUUCUUGAGUAGUUUGAAGUUUACAGGAUCACAACGUGUUUUCACGCUUCUUUUUGGAAUGCAGAGUGCUUGACUUUGGCAGGGAACAAUAGCAUUCGCCUUCAAACUUGGAAUGAUAUUUGUUGGCUUUCUCUUUCUCUUUUUCUUUUUAAUCUUUUUUAUGCAUCUUCGUUUCAGGUAAGCACCUUGAAUAAACUCGACUACAUAGCUCUGUAAUACCAACUGCUACUGACCAACACUGACAUUUUGACAGGGAGGACGUAAGGGAAUUUCAAUGCCUCUCUUUCCACUCACUUUUAUUGUCCAUUGCUAAUUAAUAUUUCGAAUAUUUCUGUUGGUUUUUGCUAAUCCAAAAAGUCAAAAUAGACACACACACUCUCUCCUCUUCAUCAUUCAAAUUUUUUUUUUCAUUUCCCUUAAAGCGAGUGAACUCCUUUGUUUCUAUAUUUUCAAUUCUUUUAUUUAAUUUAUCGUUGCAAUCGACUUUGUCAUACCCGAUAGAUUUGAUUUGUUUAUGGAAUGACUUCUGUAAAAGUUGUUUCGAGAAUUCGUCCAUCAAAUUCGUUUGAGCAAUCUUUAGGAUUUGAGGAAAUUGUAUCACCUUUAAAUGAAAAUACUGUGCAUAUAAAUACAAAUGACUACACAGGAAAUUUUGUUUACGACAGAGUCUUCGGAGCCGAUAGCACUCAAGAAGAUCUAUUUUCAUAUUCUAUCAAACCUACAGUGGAUGAUCUAUUCCAAGGAUAUAAUGGUACCGUUUUAGCCUAUGGCCAGACGGGAUCUGGGAAAACGUACACGAUGAUGGGUGUGGAAGGAGAUCCUGAGAAUUCGGGUUUGACUCCGAGAAUGCUUCAUAGAAUCUUCGACAAAAUCCGAUCGUCUCCUUCAACAACAGAAUACGAGGUGAAGGUUUCUUAUAUGGAAAUUUAUAUGGAGAAAAUCCGGGAUCUACUUUCUCCUGACAAUGAUCAUUUGACCGUCCAUGAAAACAAACUUCAGGGUGUUUAUGUUGAGGGACUAAAAACUGUCUAUGUAUCGAGUGAAGCAGAAGCAUUUCAAAUUUUGAAUCAAGGGAUGAAUUCUCGAGCGGUCGCUAGUACAAACAUGAAUGCCACUAGCUCUCGAUCACAUUCGAUAUUCGUUGUAGAGGUUGUACAAACCAAUAACUCAUCUGGAGAAACAAGGCGUGGUCGUCUUUUCCUGGUAGACCUUGCGGGUUCCGAAAGUGUGGGUAAAAGCGGUGCCGUAGGACAAACGCUCGAAGAGGCAAAAAAAAUCAACCGUUCACUUUCCACUUUGGGAAUGGUUAUCAAUUCACUAACAGAAAACAAACACGGUCAUAUACCUUACCGUGAUUCUAAGCUGACCAGAAUCUUAAAAGAAUCUUUGGGAGGUAACUCUCGAACAACACUGAUUAUCAAUUGUUCUCCUAGUAUUUACAAUGCCAGCGAAACGCUGUCUACGCUUCGCUUUGGUAAUCGUGCGAAGAAUAUAAAAAACAAGGUGGUCGUUAAUUCAGAGCUUUCGAUGGAUGAAAUGAAGCGGAAACUGCACUUUUACAAAGAGUUAUUAUCUCAUUGUGAUUGUAAUCUUUUCGAGAAGCUUAAACUCUCUAGCAAACAAGACCCUUCAAAUCUGUUUUUGGAAGGAGAAGAGAAUCAUUCGAUGCAUGAUCAUACGUUUGUAAACCAUUCACUGGCAAGCACGUCAAUAGACAAGUUUCGUGACAUGGAUUUUGGAAUGGAUAACACUUCGACACGUGUUGGGUCACAGCUUCUUGACACUUCCAAGGCGGAGGCCGUUGAACAAUUGUAUGCGAGAGCACAGACCGAGCUCAAAGAUCGGGAUGGCUUACUAAGUUCUACUCGCCAACAGCUUUCAUAUCUUAUGGAUGCUUUGGGGGAUGCUCAUAAACGAUACGUCGAGUUAGUACAAAAUCAUCGGAGGAAAGAGGAUAUGGGUGCUACUUCUCAAACAUCUUCGACUGUUGAAACCCCGUCCAGCGUAGUAAAACACGACGAAGACCAGGUAAACCAAGAACGUGAACUACUUUUACAAAAGCUCAGCGCUAUGGAUACAUCAUUAACGUCUUUGGUGUAUGUUCAACAACGGCUACUUCAGGCUGUUUCCGCUAAUAAACGUCCAGGAAGUGGUACUGUCGUAAAAAAGAUUCAAGGAGGACACUAAUACCGAGAAUGACACUAGAAGCUGCUGUUUACUUCUUUCUACUUAUUCGUUUAUAAAAAAUAAUAAAAAAAGGAAACACCAGUCGAGAGUCCUCCAUUACUUACGAAUUCUAUAACUACAUUUUGACCAAGACUAUAUACCUUAUGGUCUCUAGCUCUGCGUUUUUUUCUACCUUAAUGACAGGCAAUCUAUUACUGGCACAAUCCUACUUUGUCGAACUGUUGUCAUAAAAAUUUUCUUUUCUUUUCUACUAUUUCUUUCUGACAUUCGAAGAUGCCUUAUUAAUUAGUACUUACGCGGUUUUCCAUUAUUGGACAAUAUCAAUCUUACCAGAUGUAUGUACUAUAUCAUAUCGACGCUGGGUUCUCCUCAAAAAAUUAGGCGUCGUUCAGCCUCACUAAAAGGUAACGGGGUUCGAAAAACCCAGGAGAUUUAGAACUUGACCUUUGCACAUUUCACGGUUAGAGUGGAUUAAUUGAAUGCUAGAAAGUUAUCCAUAAAACUCUGG